AUGUCUUCAGUUGAUCCUCUUCUUGAUGCGCCAAGGGAGGAGACCCACGAUCAUUGCCAGCUCUGUCACCACUGGAAGGGGGGGAAGGGGGGGGGAAGGGGGGGGGAAGGGAUGAGCUGGCCCACCUAUGGUGUGCUGCAGGUGGCACCAAAGGAGAGAGGAGCAGGCCGUCCCCACCGUAGGAGAGGGAUGCACCAAGAGAGAAAGGAGAGAGAGCUGAUCGUGAAUGAGGAAAGGGCUGGUGGCAGCUCCCUUCUUUUGGGAUCGUAUGCCCCAUAUUGGGCCUUUUAG